AUGGCGGAAGGCAACGACAAGAGCUCCAAUGCCAUGCGCGAGCUGCGUAUUGACAAGCUCGUCUUGAACAUCUCAGUCGGUGAAUCUGGUGAUCGUCUCACUCGUGCCGCCAAAGUGUUGGAACAACUGUCUGGUCAAACUCCCGUCUACAGCAAGGCCCGCUACACCGUCCGAUCCUUCGGCAUCCGACGUAACGAAAAGAUCGCCGUGCACGUCACGGUGCGAGGACCCAAGGCGGAGGAAAUCCUCGAGCGAGGCCUCAAGGUCAAGGAAUACGAACUGCGCCGCAAGAACUUCAGCGAGACCGGCAACUUCGGCUUCGGUAUCUCCGAACACAUCGACUUGGGCAUCAAGUACGACCCUGCGAUCGGUAUCUAUGGCAUGGAUUUCUACACCUGCAUGAGCAGACCCGGUGCUAGAGUGGCCCGACGACGGAGAGCGAAGUCUUCCGUCGGUCGUUCCCACAAGGUCGGCCGUGACGACACCAUCAAGUGGUUCAAGACGCGAUUCGAGGGCAUUGUCCGAUAA